UUUCCGGGGAUGCAAAUGGGGGAUUAUUUUUCUAUGAUUGGUUUUCGUCCAAGAUUGUAAAGAAAGUAGAAGGUGCUCAUCAGGGAGCGUGUACGGAUGCAUGUUGGCAUCCGUUUUUAGAUGGAGUCGUGGCAAGCUGUGGUUGGGAUGGAGAAUUACAUAUUUGGGGGCAGUAG